AUGUCCACUGAUAUCCUACUAAUACCUGGUCCCAUUGUUAUCAGCAAGCGAGUUCAAGACGCGUUGGGAACUCCCUCCGUUGCACACACAUGCCCGGAGUUUGUUGCGAAGUUUUCUGACACGCUCAAGAACACGCGCCGACUGUUCAAGGCUGGGGACAGCGCCCAGCCCGUUGUCCUAGCUGGAUCAGGCACGCUGGGCUGGGAUAUCACCGCAUCCAACUUAAUUUGCCCGGAAGAGAAGGCGCUAGUACUGUCGACUGGGUUUUUCUCAGACUCUUUUGCGGACUGUUUGACAGCAUACGGCGCCGAGGUGCGCAAGCUGAACGCCCCUCUGGGCGACGUUGUUCCUUUGGAUGAAGUCCGCAGUGCCCUCAAAAAGGACGCGUACAAACUGAUAACAAUCACUCACGUGGACACAUCAACAGCAGUGCUAAGCGAUGUCAAAUCUAUUUGUGAAGUAGUCAAGGAGAUUUCACCCGAGACGCUGAUUGUUGUGGAUGCCGUGUGCUCGGCUGGAUGCGAAACGCUUGAUUUCGACGCCUGGGGAAUUGAUUACGCAUUGACAGCGUCUCAAAAAGCUUUAGGUGCCCCUCCAGGACUCAGCAUCUCAAUGUUGAGCCAGCGUGCUACUCGCGUAGCUCUUCAAAAAGAAGAGCAGCACACGUUCUUCACUAGCCUGAAGAAAUGGAUCCCAAUCAUGCAAAACUACGAAAAGCGCCAGGCGUCCUAUUUCGCAACACCUGCAGUCCAGCUAGUCAACGCUCUGAAAGAGUCGACCGGUGAGAUUCUGGAGUACGGUUUGGACAAACGCAUUGAAAAGCAUCGCGAAGUUAGCGAGUGGUUCAAAAGCCACCUGACUGGCGCGAUGGGUCUGAAGCUUGUCAGCGCGAACGACGCGGUUUCCGCGCAUGGGCUGACGGCAGUGUACGUGAAGGACCCCCCAGCAGCGAUUUCCGCGCUCAAGGCGAGGGGAAUUGUCAUUGCAGGCGGCAUCCACAAGGAUAUCAAGGGCGAAUACAUUCGUAUAGGUCACAUGGGCGAGUCUGCCUGCAAUGAUUCGCUCAAGCAUUUGCAGAAGUGCAUAGAUGCUUUGAAGCAAGCGGCGCUCUAA